CUUCCUCCCCCACACCGGAAGAUGAAAAGCAGGGGAUUCUCUGACUGAAGAUGCGUUACUUCACAUAACUGCGCUGCACAGAGUUUUUUCUUUUUAAAGAGCACACACACUGAUUUAUGAUGCUAGUCUGGCACCGAUCUAUCGCAUCUUCAGACUGUUCUGAACCAGGGCCCCUGCCCCCCUGCAACAGCGAUGGGGUCAGAAGGGGAAGUUACCAAUAAAUUAAAUGUUGCUGCUGGUAUGUGCUGGAAGCCACCCCAGGUUGUGGCAGUAAAUGUGUGCCCCGGAACAAGCUAAAUUCAACAGAUGCCAUUUUAUUGCUAAAAUCACACUUAAGGGCAAGUUACAUCCUAAUUAUGUUUUCUUGCAGAACAAAGUGAUUCAAGAUCAAACACAGAACCAUAUGCCUGUUAGAAUUUAUUGCAGUCACAUACAAUUGUCUAGAUUAGCUUUAUAGCAACAUUUACUUUCCCAGGUAUAAUCACUGAUUCACUCGGACCUGAAACAGACACAAGGGACCUGUCCCUCCUCCGGUAUCAAUUUUUUCAAUUAAACGCAAAUAGCUAAAUAUGGAAGCAGAAAUAUAAGCAAUAUGUGACUUGGAAAGAAGAGGAAGUGCAGUUUCUGGCUAGUGUCUGUCUCCUGGCAUUCCUUCUGUUUAGUUCCCUUCGGAUAAGACGAGUGUCAUUUUCGGGAUUCCAUCAUAAGGAAAACAAUGGGAGGAUGAGGCAUCGGGAUCAAUCGGUAAAAAUAUCCUUGUUUACAAGGCAGAUAUUUAUUGGAAAGGUCAGAGACGCUACCCAUUUCAUCCUCUUCCUUCUGAUAAUGUGUUCAGUGCAAAUGAUAAAGAAAGGGGUUUUGGUGAUAAAUAAAAGAAAACAAGAAAAACAUACACACGCAGUGAUAAUCAGAGACAGACAAUCUAGCAAGAAGUUAAAGAGUUCAACAGGAGGUCCAGCUUCCAUUCUCUAGUUCACAGCUGACUUGCCAAGAUGCUGCAGCUUCUUCUUCUUCUUACAAUCUCUCUCUGUUCAAGACUGAAAUCAGUGACCCCACUGGCUCUUGAUCCAUGUUCUGCAUACAUAAGCCUCAAUGAGCCCUGGAGGAAUACAGACCAGGUAUUCAAUGAGUCCCAAGACAAACCAAUGUGCGACAACCAUUUGGAUGGAGAGUGGUAUCGUUUCACUGGCAUGGCUGGAGAUGCAAUGCCAACUUUUUGUAUCCCAGAAAACCACUGUGGCACUCAUGCUCCAGUCUGGCUGAAUGGAAGUCAUCCAAGCGAAUCGGAAGGCAUUGUACAAAGACAAGCCUGUGCUAACUUCAAUAAUGAUUGCUGUAUGUGGAACACCACUAUCGACAUCAAGGCUUGUCCAGGAGGAUAUUAUGUCUAUCGACUAACGAAGCCUAGUGUCUGCUUCCACGUAUAUUGCGGACAUUUCUAUGAUAUCUGUGACGUUAUUGAUUGCCGAGGGACGUGCGUGGACUCUGGAGAUUGUGUUUGCAACAGUGGAACAGUACUAGGACCAGAUGGGCAGACAUGUCUUGAUGAAAAUGAGUGUGAGCGAAAUAACGGAGGCUGCAGUGAGAUUUGCAUCAACUUGAAAAAUUCUUACCGAUGUGAGUGUGGAAAAGGACGGAUCUUGGGAAAAGAUGGAAAAACCUGUGAAGAUAUUGCAGGCUGCCAGCACAACAAUGGUGGCUGCAGUCAUACCUGUGUUGAAACUGGGGAGUCCUAUCAGUGUCAGUGCCCAAGAGGGCUGAUCCUCUCUGAUAAUAAUCUCACCUGUCAAGUUCCUGUGCUGUGCAAACCCAGCACUAUAGAAGUCGCUGUCCCAAAGGAUCUGGUAGGGGGUUUGGAACUCUUUCUAUCAAACUCAUCCUGUAAAGGAGUCUCCAAUGGAACCCAUGUCAAUGUCAACUUUAACCUGAAGACCUGCGGAACAGUCAUCAAUGUGGUAAGCGAUAAGAUCAUUGCUUCUAACCUGGUCACUGGAAUGCCCAAGCAGACCCCAGGCAGCAAUGGAGAUAUAAUCAUUCGUACCACCAAGCUCCUCAUCCCGGUAACAUGUGAAUUCCCACGGCUUUAUACCAUUUCUGAAGGGUACGUCCCCAACCUCAAGAACUCCCCACUGGAGAUCAUGGGUCGGAACCGAGGCACCUUCCCGUUCUCUCUAGAAAUUUUCAAGGAUAAAGACUUUGAUGAGCCAUACAGAGAGGAUCUUCCAGUGCUUAAGCUCAGAGACUCCCUUUAUUUUGGUAUUGAACCCCUUAUGCGUGUGAAUGGCUUGGAAACCCUUGUGGAGAGCUGCUUUGCAACCCCAACUUCCAAUAAUGAUGAGAUCUUGAAGUACUAUUUAAUUAAGGAUGGAUGUGUCUCUGAUGACACAGUGAAACAAUAUUCUUCCAAAGAUCAUCUUGCCAAACAUUUUCAGGUUCCAGUGUUCAAGUUUGUGGGAAAAGAUAACAAGGAAGUAUUCUUGCACUGCCAAGUCUUGGUUUGCGGCACAUUGGAUGAAAGGUCCCGGUGUGCUCAAGGAUGCCGGAGUCGUAUGAGGAGAUCUGCUGAGAUGGAGGAAGAAGGAAAGGCUCACUAUGCAAAUCGCAUCCUCACUGGUGGACCCAUCCGAAUUGAUUUUGAGGAGUAAUUUGAAUUCUGAAAGAUAAUGCUGUAUAUAAAGCCUCAUCAAUGUAUGUGUAUUAUACAUUUCAAACAUCCAUCAGGAGUGAACAUCUUUGUAUUUUAAUAUUCCUUAUUUAAAGUUGCUAUAUGCUGUUCUCUCUGUUUCCUUUACAUUAUCACUAAAGAAUAUAUAUAUGUUUUUAGCCCUCAUUUCUCUUCUAUUGUGCUGCAUUGGAAUGUAACUAAAAUAUGGCAGUCGUUAAUGAAAAUGUCUUAACUUGUGCCAUUUCAAUUAUCCCAUUCGCCCUAAACAAAAAGAGUACAUUUUUAUUCAGUAAGUAUAUUGGCCAAUUGUAGACAUGAUUUACAUGACUUUUCUUGCAAGGAGAACUAAAAUGCAAUUACGUUGUCCCCUUGUAGGUCCCAGGGAAAGUGCAAAAAAGGGUUCAAAUUGCCAUGUUGUUGGCACCUUGCACCUUACUCUAAUCUAUUUACUGCCCUAAGGCUCCCAGAAUGGACUAGAGAAAGCUGUGCAAUAGCAGUGCUGUAUACAUGUAUAAAGAGAGUGCAAGCUGCAGAGUGCUGGGGGGACUUGUGGCACUCUAUUUGAUGCCUAUUUAAGCAGGUGUAAGGGUAGGACUACACAGACUUUUUCGGCCCAAUCUGACGUGCUGCAACAAAACUCCUGCUACAAAAAGCAAAAUAAGGUAAGAGAUAGAAAUCUCGGAUGAAGUUGCAUCGUUGAUCCGAGGUGACACAACCGUCGGAUGCAGACGCUGCACGCUGCGUCUGCAUCCGACAGUUGUGUUGCGUCGGAUCAAUGCUGCGGCUUCAUCCGACAUCUCUAUCUCUUACAUUAUUCCGCUUUUUGUCGCAGCGCGUUGGAUCACGCCAAAAACGUCCGCGUAGUCCUACCCUUGAGUACAGAGCAGGUAGGUCAUUGUACAUGGACAGUGACAUAUUAACUUGUGCAUCUGAAUAGCAUGCAAGUUUUGGGACUGGUAAGGUGCAGGAUGGGGGGCACCCACUGCUUUGUGUCUUGUUAAAAAAUCCUAGAUAUUCAAGGACUGUGUUCCCCCAUAUGAAUUCAAAACAUUGCCUACGCAGUGUGCUAAACAUAUCUCUUCUUGGGGUUAAAUAAUAGAGAACACUUAGAUCCUGGAUUCUACAUGAUUAUUCCAAAAUCUUGCCAGGCAAAGAGGAAUCCUUAACUCAGAGACCUGAGCAAUAAAUGAGAUAUAAUGAGGAGCAUCCCAUGUUAAAGCAGCAUUUUGCUGGAGGGAGCGGAAAGGGAGUCAGUAAUAAACCCCCAAGUAACAUCAAUAAAACGUAAUGUAACAGGCUACAUGUCCAUAGCUCAAAUUGCAACCUAUCAUGCCGUUGGCCGGUCUGUAGCACAUUCCUAUGGAGAAGCAAUCAGUAAUAAUGGUAUUAUGUGAUGCUGCUCUCGAACGGGCACAGUACAAAUUAGGCAACUGCAAAACAGUAAUUGGAGAAGCAAAAAGAAGAAUUUUCUGUGAUAAUGAUAUUCUGAUCAUGAAUUCUAAUAUAUUUUCCAGGACAUAGUUCAAGGCAUUAAUAAAAGUGGUUUGAUUCUUUUACAUCUAAUUUCCAAUAAAUCACAUUUUAAAAAAAUGCAUGG